CCAACACCAGGAAGAGAGCAGACUAGCAUCUCAAAGACUGUUUCCAAAAUGCCAAAAAUACUUCCAGGUUUAUACAAGGAAAACGUGGGACAAAGGUGAGUGGGUACUGCUGGUGGGUAGUGAGGGUCAAAAUAUCCUUGGAGGAAAUUCUGAGCGGGGCCUUGCUGGCUCAGGGCUGUCCCUCUGCUGGAGGGGGGAGUUUCGGUUCCCAUCUGGGGAUGGUUUGCCCUCAAGGUCUUCCGCCUGAGCCAAGAGACCGGCUGGAGAGAAGAACCCAACUGGCAAGUCUGAGGUCAGAAUGGAAGCAGCUGAAGCCGUCUUUCACUCACGAAGGCUGAAUCUCGGGCCCGGCGAGCCGCCGCCGCCGCCGUCGCCGUCGCCGCCGCCGCCGCCCGAGCCGCGGGCAGGAGUCUCGGGAGCCACCGCCGCCGCCCGGCCGGGCCCCGCCGCCGCCCGCGCGCCCCCGGGCCCCCCGACACACAUGAGAUUCUUCAGGCUCACUUUCAAGUGCUUCGUGGACUGCUUCUGACCGCGCCGCCCCCGCCCUCCCCGACCCCCGGC